CGACGACGCGGAGGAGGCGGUGGCUACGCGCUGCACGCGGGGGUCAGUGGGAGGUGUUGUGCGAAACGAGAGUCUUCUUAAAUAGGAGCUCUAGCCUGAGAGGCGCAGCACAUAUACGUAUUUCGGGAGAGAACGAACAUUAGAAGCUCGGGCGGAGAGGGGUGAAGACGAGCAGGCUCGCGAAGAGACUCCAUGGAGGAGGCACACGCCGCGCCCACGGCCCUUUAUUGCUAGCGGCUACAAACUUGAGAAGUGUCGGCAGCCGGACUUACUCGCUCUGUUCAUGCCGGUUUAGUCCCACCCUUUCAUCCGAAGGGCUCUGGCUCGAGCACAUCCUUGCUUGGCAUUUUCUUUCUGUGUUGCCUGUGGGCACUCCGGACAGAGGAUCGGGUAUAUAUGAUGAAGUUCAAGCCAAACCAGACACGGACUUAUGACGGGGAAGGCUACAAGAAGCGAGCGGCAUGUCUGUGUUUCAGGAAUGAGCGGGAGGACGAGGUGUUGCUGGUGAGCAGUAGUCGACAUCCAGACCAGUGGAUUGUACCAGGAGGGGGUAUGGAACCAGAGGAGGAGCCCGGUGGUGCAGCAGUCCGUGAGGUGUAUGAAGAGGCUGGUGUGAAAGGCAAGUUAGGGAGACUACUUGGAGUGUUUGAGCAGAACCAAGAUCGGAAGCACAGGACAUACGUUUAUGUCCUAACAGUGACGGAGACAUUGGAAGACUGGGAGGAUUCUGUCAAUAUUGGAAGAAAACGAGAAUGGUUUAAAGUAGAAGAUGCAAUUAAAAUUCUACAGUGUCACAAACCAGUUCAUGCUGAAUACUUGGAAAAACUCAAAUUGGGCUGCUCUCCUACCAAUGGAAAUUCAGUUGUUCCCACCCUAUCGGAUGACAACUCCUCCCUGUAUGUGACCUCCUCACAGACUCCAGGAAAGCCUCCAACAGUGAGAUAGGACAAAUACUCGUCUGUGCUUGCAGAAAGCCUUCUGCAUUCAUGUGCAUUUAAGGGUUAAAAAGAAAAAAGACUUUAGCGUGAACUCUUGCAGUGUUGACACUAAGUUGUUAUUUGGGGAGGGGGGUUUGGGAAGGUGUAAUUAUUAUUGGUGAUUGGGUUUAUGAUUUUUUUUAUUGUAAUUUGUAAAAUAGUAUUUAAAAAAGAAAACAAAAACCAAAGCCAUACCUGACAUUAAUUGAUACUUUGCCUUAUUUGGCCUUUUUAAAGGGUGCUUUUUUGGGAAUUUGUAUACUCCUGCUUAGCAUUGCAAGAUGUCAACAGCAAGCAGACUUUUUUUAGAGUAAUAAGUAUUGUAUUCAGAAACUGGAAGGCCUGCAGUUAAACAUCCGUUUACUCCUAAGUACAGAGCUGUGUGAAAUCAUAAUAUUGGGGAACACGUUUUGCUAAGAGGCAUCAAAGGAGCACUAUAAACAUAAAAUAAGUAGCUUUAAGGAAGUUUGUAUUUCUUAAUUACUUUACUACGACAGGCUGGUUUGGAGAGAAUUCAUUUUGUUGCUGUUUAGCCAGAAGGUUGCGUAAAUGUGGUUCACAGCAAGCUGCUCUAUGAACUUAGGUAGAUAGAGAUCUUUUUUAUAUUAGAGAAUGUUGGCUUUCUUCUUCUACCUCACUAUGAGUGCAAUCAGCUAUCCAUUUGAUUGGCAUAUAAAACCAUAAAACAAAGGUAAACCAUAGUUAAAUUUAAAUUUAAUGUAACUGAAAUGGCAAAUAUUGUGCCUACAAGUUUUUUUGUAAUAGUAUAAAUAAGAUGUCUGAGAUAUGGAAAGACCUAGAAUAAUGUGUGUAGUUAAAGCUUCGCAGAAGUAGGCACACUUCUAAAACAUGAUCCUCUUGAACAGCAAAUGUAACACAUCAGGUGCUAUGUAUGUUUAAUUUUGAAAUGAUGUCUGGCAGGUGAUUUAAUGAGAGACAAUGUAUCCCUGAUGAAUAAAUCACUAUAUGCUCCUGAAGUGGUGUACAUUACUGUAACUAUUUGGCAAGAGCUGAAGUUACAGCAAACUUCCUAAAGUUGUUUAUGAGCUGCCAUGCUUUCUGUGAUUUAUGAAUUCAGCACUUAGCAGAUAUUGGGGGGGAGUGUUAUCUGAAUUGUUUCAUUUGCACCCUCUCAUGUUGAGUGGCACGUACUAAUAUGUGUCCUAGUUGCAUUUUUACAAUGGACAGUGGAGCUUGUAAAUAUUUUGAAUCGUUGGACUGGAAUGGUUUUGGCAGUUUGUAUCUUUAAUAUGAAAAAAAACAGAAACCUGUUGAAUAGUUUUGCAUUUUUUCUAUUUCUUUUUUUAUUAUUGUAUAAUUAAUAUUUUACUAAAAAUGCUGCUGUAAAAAAAAAAAAAAAAAAAAGGCCUAAACACACAGUCGUGUUUCUUCACCCAUCCUACUUGUCCCUCUGUCUCCCCUUUUGCAAUGAGUGUCACUUUUGGUGCAACUCUAGAGCCACAGUGCGCUGGAAGGAAAACACAGCCAUAUUACAAAUAUCAUUGUGUGUUUAUUUCUGUGUGUAGUCCUACUUCACAACUUGUGCUUGUAAAACAGUAUGUCAUGGUUUGUUUUUUUUAUCAUAAAAAUGCCAAACAAAAGUACUAAACUAAAGAAAAUGAAAUGAAGGAGACUGAGAGUGUUACUCAAGGGCUGAGCAAAUUUGGUUUUGAGAAGUUGAAACAAAGACCAAGGAUACAUGGAUAUGCUGAACUGAACAGUUUGCAAGGAAAAGAAAAAGGUUUUUAUUUUGUAUUCAAGAAUGUGCUUUCUGCAGAAAGGUUAAGGUGACGCAUGCAAUUUUUCCUUUCAUAAAUGCCAUUACAUGUGUAUGUUUUCUGUAUGGUUUUGUGCCCUUCUUGUGGGGGAAAACUGUUAGGAGAAUUUGAUUCCAGUUGAACUGAAAGUCAAGCUGUCAAUGAGUAACACAAUUUUAUUGGCUUUAGGAAGGACAAAACUUGCUCACUGAGAGCAAUUUACACUGAAAUCAAGCCGAGUGAAACCCCAUCCAGCACAAGACAAAAAGUGAGCUGUUUACUAGUAAAAGGCACCUGAAAGCUGCAGAAGGCAAGAGAGCAAUUGUGGUCAUCUGAAUUGUUGGCUGGACAAAUAAAUGAAAUCAAAAGUAUUUGAAAUAGCUUAUUACUUUGAGCUGAUCAGGACAAAACAAGUUGUCUGUGGGGUAUAAGAGAAAUAUGGUUAACUCCUGUCUGACAAUAUUGCCUUUAUAAUUCCACGUGUAGACAUCAUCAACAAAAAGACAAUCUUGUGGUUUGCAGGAAAAGCAAAUGUAAAGUCUCCUUUCAAACGUUCAAUAUAGUGUACACCUAGGGAAACCACAAAUUAGCAUUAUUAAUAAUAAUAAUAAUAAUGAUAAGAUUAAAAAUGUAUCACUGCACGCCACCAAAUCUUACAAAAUUUUUAGUGGAAUUUUUAGUUUUUUUGUGUUUUUUUUUUUUUUGGAUGUUCCUUUUAAUUUUUUGUCAAGCCACGCCUGAGGUUAUAUAAAUUUCAACAAAUGCCCCUUUAUUUGUGACUGACUAUUAAGUGAUGUGAACAUUUUUUUUUUAUUUUUUUUUUAAUUCACUUUCUUGGAUGGAUUUCUUGUAAAUAUAUACUGGCCUUAUGCCACAAGGUGGCAGUGCACACUGCACUAUGCUUCUGUUACUGCACCACAGCUCAUCUGCUUGCAUUUCUUGGGAGGCUUUGAAAUAUUGUACUAUAGGCUUUGUCUCAUACUGUCUGGAAACUCAAGACUGACUGUGGUUAACUUGGAGAAGCUGGGUAUUUGCAAAUGUAACUGGAUUUGAUGAAAAUGAUAGUUUUUUCUUGGUUUGGGUGUUGCAUGCUUACAUAUAUAUUUUAUGUAUAUAAGCAGUUCCUGAAAUUUGCGAGGCUUUGUAAAAUUGUGUUACAUCUAGAA